UGUCACGGUUGCCCUUCACUUCGUUCCGCCUCCCCAUUUCUUUCCUUCGUACCUCAUCGUUGCCUCUCUUUUCCCUCUGUGUGGUCUUCGUUGAGCAGGAGAAAUUCGCUCCUUUCUUGAACGCUACGAUGUCAAUAACAAUAACACCGGAGAUCAUUACUAGCGCUCAGCCAGACAGCAAAACUCGUCGAUAUGACCGUCAGCUCAGGCUAUGGGCUGCCUCUGGUCAAAAUUUGCUCGAAGAGUCGCGAGUUUUGGUCUUGUCGUCGUCAGCCACAUCAACAUCGAUCCUAAAGAAUCUAGUCCUACCAGGGAUCGGCCACUUUACCAUUCUUGAUGAUGCCAUUACCAGUGCUUCCGAUGCUGGUAACAACUUCUUCCUGGAAGGCCCUUCUUCAAUUGGGAAACAUCGUGCAUCCGAAGCUGUACGCCUUCUGAGCGAGCUCAAUGAUGGCGUGACGGGAGAGGCGGUGACUUCGACACCUGUGGCCAGCGUAGUGUCGUCGCUCGAUUUUCUCAGUAAAUUUACGCUUAUUAUCACUCAUAAUCUUCCUCCAAGUCAACUGCAAACCCUCUCCGACACAUUGUGGUCGUCGCCAACGACACCUGCUCUUCUAGUUGUCUCUUCAUCCGGUUUCCUUGCCGAAUUUUUCAUCCAGCAUCAUCCGCACCCUAUCAUUGAAUCCCAUACCGAGACACCUCCAUCUCUGCGAAUAUAUGAUCCGUUCCCUGCUCUACUUGAGCAUUCCAAGUCUCUCAAGUUUAACGAAAUGGACCCUACAGAGCAUGCGCAUAUCCCAUACAUUCCCAUUCUUAUACACGCCAGAUCACUCAUUUCUCAUACCCCAAAGACCCAGGAAGAGAAAAACGCGUUGAAAGCACUCAUUCUCUCACUCAAAUUAAAACAGGACGAGGAGAAUUUUGAUGAGGCGCAUGCUCAGGCGUAUCGCAUCUGGACGCCAAUAUCCCUUCCUUCCGCACUCACCCAAGACAUCUUUCCACAUCUCGACACAAAGCUUGCUCCGCCUGCCAUCCCAGAUACUGUGCACGCCCUUUUGACAGCACUCAAGCGAUUCACGGAGCGGGAGCCACACGUGUUGCCCGUUUCUCCAGCGCUGCCAGAUAUGAAGGCUUCGACGGAAACGUAUAUUCACCUGCAGAGGAUGUAUAAAGACCAGUUCAAUGCCGACAAGGAGGUGUUCAAAUCGUUGAUCCCAGCGAAUGCAGGUGAUAUUCCAGAUGAUCUUAUCGAAACGUUCAUUCGGAACGCACACGGGGUGCAAGUCUUUUUGGGGGAAAAGUGGGGCGCGUUCGACAAGGACGUGAACCGAGUUGGUGAGGCGAUGGCGACCAGUCCAAAAGACACGAGCGUGCAUUUGGCGCUGAGGGCAGUCAGGGAGGUUCUGGAAAGUAGUGGCGCUGGUGAAAGCGUUAACGCCAAGGUAUCGGCAGAGGAGAUUAGGACGCAAAUUGCGGGGAUGCUGCCGCCUGGCACGGAGCUUGGUGAGGAGAUAGAUGAUGCCGUCGGAGAGAUUACGCGAUCUCCUACAGCUGAUCUGCCUAAUACUGCAGCUAUGCUCGGUGGUCUGGUUGCACAAGAGGCUAUCAAGAUGAUUACUAGGCAGUAUGUUCCUCAGGGUGGAUACUGCGUUGUAGAUUGUAUAGACAUGCGAACGGGAGUUGUUGGGCUGUGAUGAAGUCAAGAAAAGAAUGUAUUAUAGAUGAAACAGCUGUAACAAAUUUGACAAGUGCUCGCGUGGUAGGCGCCCUGUUCCAGACAAAUGAUG